AUGGGAAAGCAGCACCGCCCAGUUGGGGUGACUUGGGGAUCUCACCAGAUGUGCAACCGUGCUGUUGCUUGGACCAUGUCCAUCUAUUGUACCUAUGCCACCCAAGUAAAACAUCUUAUCGAAAUGACACAAGCACCCACGUCGGUGCAAUCUUCUGCCAUCUUGGCAAACCCUUCAACAAAUGCAUUCCUCGUCAUCUUCACAUGUCAUGGCCUGACCAAGCUUGCUUAUCAUUCACUUCUUCGCCCAUGCCUUAUGCAUGGACCGUCAGCAUUCCACCCUCAUCAAAUCAUCGGCAUCAUCUUCAACGCACGUGAUCCAACAACAAUGGAGCCCUUCACGUGA